AAUUCAAUUUCCCAAUACUUUCUUGAAGGCUUCGAGCUGGAGACCUCCAGCCGCCGCUUUCCCUCUCCUCUCCGGAUACCCCCAUGGCCACCGAGCUCGACGAACUCCUCGGCUUCCUCUCCACCCCUUCCCCCCAAGUGAAGAAGGCGGCGGUGGACAUUGUUCGGGGCCUGACGGGCUCCGACGAGGGCCUCGUCCCCCUCGCCGCCCGCGCUGACGUCGCCCUGCCCGCCCUCUCCCGCCUCCUCCGCGACCCCCCGGAGCUGUCGGUUCCCGCCGCCGAAGCCCUGAUCAACCUCUCACAGAACCCUACCCUCGCCGACAAGCUCGUCUCCCUUGGUGCUGUCCCUACCGCCAUGGACAUGCUCUACAAGAACUCCGAUCAAAAAGUCGCUCGGCUCCUCAUCAUGCUCCUCGCCAAUCUCACCCAGCUGGACUCUGGCAGCGCCGCCCUCGUUCAGGUUGGGGAUGAUAAGAUGGAAGGGUUGUACAUCUCGAAGCUUGUUAGAUCAUUCUGUAGGUCAUCUUCUGUUGAGUCAACAGCUGAAGAUACCUUUGAGCAUGUCGCUUCGAUACUUGUGAACAUCUCAAAAGUGCAAGCUGGAAGGAAGGUUCUAUUAGAUUCCAAGCGUGGUCUUUUGAAGCAGGUCAUUCGUCAAUUUGAUUCAACAAAUCCACUGAGAAAGAAAGGGGUAUCUGGGACCAUCAGAAAUUGUUGUUUUGAAGCUGAUAGUCAAUUGCAGAAUCUGCUUUUGAUGUCAGAGUUUCUAUGGCCUGCUCUGCUUCUGCCUGUCGCUGGAAAUAAGGUUUAUAGUGAGGAAGAUAGGUCAAAAAUGCCUCUGGAGCUUGGUAAUGCGCUUUCCCAUGAGCGGGAACCAGUCAAUGAUCCAGAAAUCCGUAAACAAGCAUUGGAAGCUAUUUACUUGAUUUCCUUGCAGGAAGCUGGACGAAGAGCUCUAUGGUCUGUUAAUGGCCCAAGGAUACUGCAAGUCGGGUAUGAAGAUGAGGAAGAUCCAAAAGUAAUGGAAGCAUAUGAGUUGAUUGGUUCUCUGUUGGUUAGUAAUGGUGAAGUUGAACAAUCUUGACCUGAGAUGUCAAGAUGAGCUGCAGAAUAAUAGUUGAUGUAAGGAUUCUUGUCAGUUGCUGGUACGCGGAGCCGCUGAGGAAUGAUAAAGUGGGAUAAAGUCUGCUUCUUGUCCAUCAUUAAUGAUGCAAAACUGCUUUGUUAUGUAUAUACAGCUUGCAGAGGAUCAUGUAAAAUUCUUUUCACUCUUGUUUUAUGCUCCUCUUAAAGGUUUAUGUUGCAUAAUAUUUUGGUUUUGCCACUUGCUCUUCACUUUGUGGCACCUUAGACUUCAGCAUUUUCUGUGGUUUUGUUUGGCUGCUAACUAAUUAUUGUAAAGUCAAAGCAUUACUGUCAGUUUCUUAAUGAGCAGUUUUGAACACCUUGGUUCCCGUA